GGUAUGCGUACUGGAGAUGCAGAAACCAUGUAGCAGAAAGCUUUGAGCAGUUGUGGAUUAUCAGUUUCUCCCAACAGCAAUAAAAAGUGAAGAAUGAAGGUGACUGGAUUUAUUUCCCUAUGGACGUUGGUUUCACUGCCUUGUGGCCAGUUAGCAAAUCCUGCAGAACAUGAGGAUGUAGUAAAGCAUGCAAUAAAGCUGCACCGUGGGAAAGGAGCUGUUAUCUCUCAGAGAAAGCAGUGGGUGUUGGAGAGCUGCAGAAAACUAUCUGGUCUUCUUCGCCAAAAGAACGUUGUUCUCAACAAACUAAAAAAUGCUAUUAGAGCAGUGGAGAAGGAUGCAGGACUGUCAGAUGAAGAGAAGCUUUUUCAGGUGCAUACCUUUGAAAUUUUCCAAAAGGAGCUAAAUGAAAGUGAAAACUCGGUCUUUCAAGCAAUCCAUGGCCUCCAGAGAGCUCUACAGGGUGAUUACAAAGAUGUUGUAAAUAUGAAAGAAAGCAGCAGACAGAGACUGGAAGCCUUGAGAGAAGCGGCAAUUAAGGAAGAAAUGGAAUACGUUGAACUCUUAGCAGCAGAAAAACAUCAGGUUGAAGCCCUUAAGAACAUGCAGCAUCAAAACAAAAGCCUGUCAAUGCUUGAUGAAAUUCUAGAAGAUGUCAGGAAGGCAGCUGAUAGAUUGGAAGAAGAAAUAGAAGAGCAUGCCUUUGAUGACAACAAAUCUGUAAGAGGUGUAAACUUUGAAGCGGUUUUAAGGGUGGAAGAAGAUGAGGCUAACUCCAAAAGCAAUGCUUCAAAAAGAGAAGUAGAGGAUGACUUAGGUCUUAGUAUGCUUAUUGAUUCCCAGAACAAUCAGUACAUCCUUACCAAACCCAGAGAUUCAACUAUUCCUCGUGCUGAUCAUCAUUUCAUAAAGGAUAUUGUGACAAUAGGAAUGUUGUCUUUGCCGUGUGGCUGGCUGUGCACAACAAUAGGAUUGCCAACCAUGUUUGGGUACAUCAUUUGUGGAGUACUCUUAGGACCAUCGGGACUAAAUAGCAUCAAGUCUAUUGUACAGGUGGAGACGUUAGGAGAGUUUGGUGUGUUCUUCACUCUCUUUCUAGUUGGUCUGGAAUUUUCUCCUGAAAGAUUAAGAAAGGUAUGGAAAAUAUCUUUGCAAGGACCCUGCUACAUGACGGUUCUGAUGAUUGCCUUUGGUUUACUAUGGGGACACUUGCUCCAAAUUAGACCAACACAAAGUGUCUUCAUUUCCACUUGUUUAUCUUUAUCAAGCACGCCAUUGGUGUCAAGAUUUCUUGCAGGUAGUGUUCGAGGCGAUAAAGAAGGGGAUAUUGACUACAGUAGCGUACUACUUGGCAUGUUGGUGAUGCAGGAUGUGCAGCUUGGCUUAUUUAUAGCUGUCAUGCCUACACUUAUUCAAGCAGGAGUGAGCACAUAUUCCAGCAUUUUCAAGGAAAUACUGAGAAUACUGAUACUGAUUGGCCAAAUUCUCUUUUCUCUGGCUGCCGUUUUUCUUAUAUGUCUUGUUAUAAAGACUUAUCUCAUAGGACCGUAUUAUCGCAAGUUGCAUGCGGAAAGCAAAGGGAAUAAAGAAAUCCUCAUUCUAGGAAUAACUGCGUUCAUCUUCCUUAUGUUAACGAUCACAGAGCUGUUGGAUGUUUCAAUGGAGCUGGGAUGCUUCUUAGCCGGAGCUCUGAUCUCUUCUCAGGGUCACAUGGUUACUGAGGAGAUUAUGUCCUGUAUUGAACCAAUACGUGACUUUCUUGCCAUCAUUUUCUUUGCAUCCAUAGGACUUCAUGUUUUCCCCACAUUUGUAAUAUAUGAACUCACGGUCUUACUAUUCCUUACAUUGUCUGUGGUCAUAAUGAAGUUUGUCUUGGCAGUGCUUGUCCUUUCUCUGAUUCUUCCAAAGACCAGCCAGUAUAUCAAGUGGAUUGUCUCAGCAGGACUGGCACAAGUCAGUGAAUUCUCUUUUGUUCUGGGAAGUAGAGCGCGCAGAGCAGGCAUCAUAUCUCGGGAGGUCUAUCUUCUUAUUCUGAGUGUGACUACUCUAAGCCUUUUACUUGCCCCUGCCCUGUGGAGAGCUGCGAUUAUGAAAUGUGUUCCGAGACCCGAAAGACGCUCAAGUACUUGAUUAAGAUUUGCACAUCUAAAGAAUACAUCUUCUUGCAAGGAGUAUCUUCAUUGCUCAUUGUAUUUCUAUGCACUUGGAAAACAAGAGGUUUUGAGUAGUCAAGUAGUCCUCUUAACGUGCACUUGGUUAUAAGCCUUAUACUGACCUUAAUACAAAACAAAAUUCAACAUUAAAAAAUAACUAUAUAAUUUGAAUGGCACACCUUUUCCGAAAUUUACUUUCUCUCUGACAGAUUAGAAUCUGCCAGAGUAUUUGUUCCUGAUCCGAUCGAUUAUUGAGAGCAUAAAUUAUUUUUUUUAAAUACAGCAUCAUGCAAACU